GUGGGUUGCUGUCCUGAGUGGGACAGAGACAGACACAGAGACCAUGCUGCGGGACUCUCCUGUGAUGGGACUGUGGACACUCAACGAGACAAACCACAGCUGAACGCACGCAGGCUCGUUUCUGUGGGACAUCGGGAGAACGAGGACUCGUCGGACACGAACUGCACCAUGGUGUCCAUUGAGCAUGUAGCUCACAAAAUACUGACUUACAUCCCAUAUGUUCUCGUCCUGGUUGACAUGAGAUACGAAGGGGUGACCUGUGGUCGGGAUGGGAGUGUGGACAAUCACAUGGAGAUGGGGAAGAAGCUGCUGGCUGCUGGACAGUUAGCCGAUGCCCUCUCUCAUUUCCACGCUGCUGUGGACGGAGAUCCCAAGAACUACUUGGCCUUCUACAGGAGAGCGACGGUGUUUCUGGCCAUGGGGAAGUCCAAGUCGGCGCUGCCGGAUUUGAGCAGAGUGAUCGAGCUCAAACCGGACUUCACAUCGGCACGACUUCAGAGAGGAAACCUCCUUCUGAAGCAGGGGAGACUCGACGAAGCAGAGAGUGACUUCAAGAAAGUGCUGAAGUCCCACCCCAGCGAGAAGGACGAGAGAGAAGCCCAGAGUCAGCUGACAAAGUCGGAUGAAAUUCAGCGGCUGGUGGCUCAGGCACACAGCAGCUACAGCAGCCAGGAUUACAUGACAGCCUCUGUCCAGCUCGACACAAUCAUCGAGACUUGCGUUUGGGAUGUGACUUCUCGUGAGAUGCGAGCCGAGUGCUUUAUCCACAUGGGAGAGAUGGGGAAGGCCAUCAGCGACCUCAAAGCUGUGUCGAAGUUAAAGAAUGACAACACCCAGGCUUUCUACAAACUCAGCACCAUCUACUAUAACCUGGGAGACCAUGAGAUGUCCCUCAAUGAAGUGCGCGAGUGCCUGAAGCUGGAUCCUGAUCACAAGCCGUGUUACAGCCAUUACAAGCAGGUCAAGAAGCUCAACAAACAGAUCCGAUCUGCAGAGGAGCUCAUCCAAGAGCAGAGAUAUGACGACGCUGUGAGUAAAUAUGAGACGGUGAUGAAGACUGAGCCCAACGUUCCCCAGUUCUCUCUCCUUGCCAAGGGGCGCAUCUGCCAUGCGCUGGCACAGGGCCAGCAUGGUAGCAAGGCUAUCUCGGUGUGUAGUGAAGUCCUCGAGUCGGACCCAGAGAAUGUAAACGUGCUGAAGGACCGAGCUGAGGCGUUUAUCCAGGACGAGCAGUAUGAGGAAGCUAUCCGUGACUACGAGACGGCCGCAAAACACAGUGAGAACGACCGUCAGAUUAAAGAAGGCAUGGACAAAGCUCAGCGACUCCUCAAGCAGUCGCUGCGGAGGGAUUAUUAUAAGAUCCUGGGUGUGAAGAGAAAUGCCCAGAAAAAGGAGAUCAUCAAAGCCUAUAGGAAAAUGGCACAACAGUGGCAUCCGGACAACUUCCAAAAUCCAGAGGAAAAGAAGAAGGCGGAGAAGAGGUUCAUAGACAUCGCUCAGGCCAAAGAGGUUCUCACUGACCCAGAGAUGAGAACCAAGUUCGACCACGGAGAGGACCCCAUGGAUCCAGAGAGCCAGCAGAGUCACCAUCAGAACUUCCAUGGAGGUCACUCCGGUUUCAAUCCCUUCGGUUCAGGACCCUUUAACUUUAAAUUCAACUUCAACUGAGGAGGCUCCGGUCCAGCACUGCUUGAGGGGAUUGUUUGUAUUUUCCUCCCUAUUUAAAAGGGAGAUCGCUGACACGAGGCGUGCCAGCGCAUUCCAAUGAGGAGCCAAUCGUCACUUAAAUUCAUCAACAUUAAUUUAAGACACAUCUUCGUUGUUGAAUAAUACAACUUCAGAUUCCGUUUGGGGAAGGACUGUUGCUAUGCUAACAAAUCACUGCCGAGUGCAAAGCAGCUUUUAUCUGACAAGACCAACUGAUCAUUCUCCAUCCUCUCCAUGUAUUGUACGCUGUACAAUUCACAUCCUUUCAGUUUGUACAUAGGUACAGUGCUAUUUUUAUAUGGAGUUUUUCUGAAGUGUAAAUAAAGAGCUAUUUAUGUACAUUAAAACAA